GGGAGAAUGGGCAGUGCCGCCUCUUGCGGCGUGGGUGGGGCUGACAAGAAUAGACUACAUUAUGCAGUUCAUUUAGUUAACAAGUGAAAUAAUGGGGAAGCGUGCAGUGGGAAUGCCGAGAGAAAGGCACAAAACCCUAUUGAGAGCUCUCGGCCGCUUACAGCGUAACCGUCACAUGGCCGAACCGAGUCCACGGCGGCUAUUUAAGGAGCGGCGCUGCGCCUUCAGCACCACUUCGCUGUCCACCGUCCUGAGGAGAGCACGCUGACACAACCACGCGCAGGCUUCAACCUCUUCAAACCACACUGCAAAGCAUCAAGUUUGCAAACAUGCCGAGGUCUUUUCUCGUGGAUUCCUUGAUUUUAAGGGAGGCCAACGACAAAGGGAACGAGAACAACCCACCUUUAUUCCCGUACGCCGUGCACUCGCCGCACCACCCGCACGGGCUGCCGGGCUCCUGCCACUCCAGGAAAGCCGGGCUGCUGUGCUUCUGUCCGCUGUGCAUGACCGCGUCCCAGCUCCACCCGUCACCACCGACACUGCCGCUCCUCAAAGCGUCUUUUUCACCCUUCAGCUCACAGUACUGUCACUCAGCUCUGUCCAGACAACACUCUUCAUCCAACAGCGUCAACCUCAGCCACGCACCGGGGAUAUACCAAGCUGCGUACUCAGUCCCAGACCCGCGACAGUUCCACUGCAUCUCCAUCGAAAACAGCAACAGCAAACUUCAGAGCAGCAAGCGCAUGCGCACGGCCUUCACCAGCACACAACUUUUGGAGCUGGAGCGAGAGUUCACCUCCAACAUGUACCUCUCCAGACUGAGGCGCAUCGAGAUCGCCACAUACCUGAACUUGUCCGAGAAACAGGUGAAAAUCUGGUUCCAGAACCGCCGAGUGAAGCACAAAAAGGAGGGCAAGAGCAGCGGCCAAAGGACUGGAUCACAUAACUGCAAAUGCUCGUCCCUGUCAACCGCGAGAUGCUCGGAGGAAGAGGAGGAUGACAUUCCCAUAUCUCCCUCCUCGUCCGAAAAGGAGGACGUGGACCUGUCCGUCUCCCCCUGAACUCUCCCACUUGCCUCCCCUCUGAAAGAUUUUGGUCCUCAUGAUUUUGAAUACAGCCAAAAAAAAAAAGACUGAUCCACUUGUGUUCAGUCGUGUGUACAUAGAAAGAGAAUAUUUAAUCAGGGAAUUGCCCUGAAUUAUUGUAUAGCUGUAUACAUGUUGUACGCUUUGUAUGUAGUUUUUUUCUGAAAACGGUCCAUUUGUUGUUGCCAAUCCGAUGAGUAUGGUAGGCAUAUUUGUAAAGACAAACCCAAAAAACAAUAGCAACAUUGUUUAUUAGUAUUUUGGGGGAGACAGUAUUUUGUAUACAUACUGGUUAGACUCAUUCUAUGUGGAUGGAACUGUGACUUCAAAUGUGGAAAGCUGGAGAGAAAUCCUCAUCGCUGAGAUCACUCUGAAAUUAUAUCUUCAGUGUAAUUGAAAAAUAUUUAUUUAUUUAAAAAUGUUGAUACUUAAAUAAAAAUAUUUCUGA